UUAUUACAAAUCAGUGUAAAUGUCUCAUUACAUCAUAACGUUUUUCUAGAUGCUUUAAAAUAUAUAGAGCAUACAAAUUUGAAUGUGGUGAUACGAAAAUGUAAGAAUUUGGAGAAUUUAUCACCAGUAUUGCGUCUUAAAAAACAUCUCUUUUGCAAUUAUGAUUCUACUGUUCAUCCAAAUUAUCCUAAUACGACUAAUGUUUCUUUGAACUUAACGCCGAAGUUAAUAGAUUUUGAAGGAGGCACUGCUAAAUUGUCACUGCACAGCUGGCUGACAGUUGCUUGGACGGAUCCGCAACUUACUUGGGCACCGAGUGAUUAUGACGAGAUUACUUUUAUUCAAAUAAAAAGCUGGCAGAUCUGGACGCCAGAUAUAACUGUCAACAAUUCCGCUGAUAUGUCAGGUGACGAACAUAUAAUACCUUCAACGGGGUGCUUACUCUUUAAUUCGGGUUCUGUCUUUUGCAUCCCCGCGGUGAAGCUUAUUUCCAAAUGCAAUCCCGAUUAUACCUAUUGGCCUUACGAUGAACAUAAAUGUAGCGUUACAUUUAUUUCGUGGGUCCACAAAGGAGAAGAAGUUAAUCUGGUGUUAGACGACAUUACUAUGAGCGAAUAUAUGAAUAAUACGAUAUGGGACUUUCAAUACAUAAAUUCGAUGAGAGAAGUCAAAAAAUAUAAAUGCUGCCCGAACGACACGUUCCCAAGGAUUACUUAUAACUUCUUGCUGACGCGCCAUUAUGGCAAACGUCACUUGGUUGUUAUUACACUAGCUAGUGUUUUGAUACUACUCACUUUAACAGUACUUUGCCUCGACUUAUACUCGAUUGAACGAAUAGCGGUGGCAAGCGUAAAUUUUAUUUGUCAUUUGCUCUGUAUAUACAUAGUCCAAUGGAGUAUACCAUACAAUGGCGUUAGUCCCCCUAAUAUAAUGUUAUUUUAUCGUGAAUCCUUGGCAUUGGCUUCCUUUGCGAUAAUUCUGACAGCUUUGUUACGUAAACUGGAAGAUAUGAACACAGAGACACCAAAUUGGAUCUCGUUCAUUACAAAAUUUGUUUUGAGUAAAAAGAUUGGACGGUUUUUGAUUCUCAAAGACGACAAAUCCAAGAUGGCAAAUAAAGAUACAGUAACUGAAGAAAGCUCAGACAUUCGAAAAUCUGAAAUAAUUAUAGAGGAAUCAUCUUGGAAACAUCUUGCUGUUAUUAUCGACUGGUUAUCUUUUUUCUGCGUGGUUAUUACUUAUGUCAUUAUUUUGAUUAAUCUAGUUCCUAUGGGUUAAUACACAGUAAAGAACAUUUUGUACUUAUGUUAACAUUUUUGUGUAUAAACAGUUUUGUGUUAAAUUUCUAACAUAGUUGUGUGUUAAGUUAAUAUAUCAUUGUUAUGUUACUUUUAUAUGUUAAAUUAAUAUUGUAUCAUCAUUUUCUUUAUAAUAUUAUAUUAUUUUAUCUAUUUUCAAGAAUUAAAAUAACAUAAUUUAUCUAUACAUUCAUAAAUUUCUACUGAUACAUUUUAUGUGUUAAAGUAAACAGAUAAAUUUUGUUACUUUUCUCUUUAUAACAAUUAUUAUAUAUUAAAUAAAUAUGUGUAAAACGUGACAUGUAAAAUAUGUUAAAUUUAAUACAAAAUUUUUUAUUUUUUAGAGUGUAUUAAUGUGCAGUAACAAAGUUAUAACCACAAUAAUCUGUAACAUUACAUAAUACAUUUAAAGAAAAGCAAUAUGUUAUAUUUAAUAUAUAAUUUCGAGAAAUUAAUCAUUACGCAUCAUUAAAGUAAUUAGCAAAGUUUAAUUCUGCGAACCAGAUGAUAAAAUAAUAAUAAAGUACUGUAUUAUUUU